AUGGACUUGACACUGACGCAAACUUCUUCACGCUCCAGCAGCUCUACCAACCCUCCAACUGAAAGUUCCUUCAGUUUUACGCCCAUCAAAGCCCUGAGCGCCUUGCCGCGACUGUGGGAUCGGAAACCUUCGACGCCUGUCCGGGCCGGAGACAAGACAAGAAAGCUGUGGAAGCGCAUUCGCUUUCCAUUUACCGGCAUGAAUACUGCGACACAAGGCCAGACAGGGAUCGGCGCCUCUAAAAACUCGGAUUAUCAGCGCGGCGUGAAGCGCCAGUGUGUUGACCCCACCGCGGCAUACCAGGAGACUGAGGCCGAGCAACGUGGUCGGUCUUUCCUUGAGACUAAAUGGGAGAUGCAGGCGUCUCGGAAACGGCGCAAGCUGCCUGAAUUCAAUUUCAACAUCCACGAGGAUGGCUCCCAUGAGGUGUUUGGUUUCUCUGCGAAGCAGCCCGAGGGAACGCUCAAAGAUGUUGUUGGCGACGUAGCUACGCAUGCGUCACUCCAGCCGCUCAGGGAUCUGCAGGAGACUUCCAAGACGCCAGUCUACCACGACGCCAUGGCCACGGACCCAGAUCUUACAGCAACCGACGGAAAGGCAGUGCAGGAUCUACAGUCUAGAUCAUCCAGCCAAGACGCGCCGGCUGUGUUCGACAAUGCGGGAGAGGACAAGGCCACCCUCGUGUCCAACACAGACUCCGUGCAAGAUCUGACGCAAGAGCAAGAGAUCAAGCUGGUGCGAUCAGCACUGCGAAGCUCCUUGGAUGGAGAGGAUGCAGAUCUGCUCAACGAUUUCCUGUUUAGGGCGAAUGCGAAGCGGGCCGCCAAGGCCACGCAAACCGAAGAUUCGAAAUCAAUGGAGAUGUCCUCCAGCAUGAAGGAGUCGCCAGAAGUUGAAUGCUCAACACCGCAACGCCGUGUGCUAGAGGAGUUGACAACCAAUUCACCUUCACCUGUCAAGCUGCGAAUCUCGCCUAGUAAAUAUGACGUCAAGUAUGGUGCCGACGGCGCCGGCGACCAGGAGGAUAUCAUCCCGAAAGAGAUCAAGGAAGAACAAGCUCCUUCAAGCCCUGGAAAUCGUCGAAGCACCCGCGCUAAAAGCUCGGGCACACCUAGCAUGCGCAACACUAUCUCACUUCGACGAGCCAAGGGAACAGAAUUCGUUUUCCUACAGCGAACUGAGACCCAGCAGGUGGCUAUGGCGACGAAGCGCAAUACCCGGCUCAACAAAGGCAAAUCUGUAGCUCCAAUGGUCGCCCUGGAAGCUCUGGCUAAACGGUCGAGUGAGGAAGAGCUUCAGCCAGGCAGCUCACAGAAUGAGAGCUCUGAUCACAAGGACACUAACUCGCGUGGGCUGACCAAACCGCGAAAGCAAGUGUCGUGGAAUGAGGAGCGCAUGGCCGAGUAUGAAGAGUACAGAGAACCGAUUUACGACCAAGAAGAUGAAGAGGGUGACCGAUGCACGAAUGACGUCGGUGCAACACCUCGCCCGCGUUCAGAAAGCAAGCGUUCGGCGAAGAAAGCAGAUUCCGGCCGCAGUAGCCGUAGCCAAACGCAAAAGGCAGGCGACAAUGCAAAUAGUGGGGCCACCCAGAGCGGUCCAACCGCCGCGACUACUGCACCUGCUACUGUAACUCCUCGGUCACGCCGGGUGAGGCGUUUGGGUGACUCGGGUAUCUUGGGGGCUGGCACCCCAGUUAAGACUGGGAGUCGCAGCACAAGCAAGCCUUCUGCAGCCUCGGCAGACACCGUGGCUCCUGCUCCCUCCACACCUAUCAAGGGCCGCCGCAAGCUUGCGCCUAAGUCACCCGUCUCGUCCAAGCUUCCCGCACGAGCCUCCAAGAGUGUCAGUGGUAUCCCAACUCGUAGCUCAAAGAGCACAGAUGAUGGAGAGCGGCACAGUAUGCUUCAGGUGAGCGCAGGGUGCACACCCACAGCUCGACGCGUUCGGUCGAGAUCUUGA